CCAACUCUCCCAGCUACUUGCUGUUGCUUCCAUGAUCUGCUCUCUGUUGCAGCUUGGCUUCUUGAUUCUGCCGGCACCAUGCAGAUUGCAUCCAUGUUUCUUCUGGCAGCAGCAGAAAGAUGCGCAACAAACCGCGCAAAAAAUAAGAAACAAAAAAAUCGGCGCGGCAGUUGGUUAAUUUCGGAUAACAACAGAGUCCACGUCGUCUCCUCCCUAUCGAUUUAUCGAUGGAUGGGUGAUGUGAUCGACUUAUAUAAGAGGAGAGGAGUGUCGAGCCCCAGAAAACAUCGAACUUUGUAGCAGAAAGUGGGGAGAUUUUGGGGGGAGGAGGAGGAUGAGGAUUCCGGGAGGCGACGAGGAGGCGGUGUCGGCGCCGCCGCAGCACCUGGUCUUCGCGUACUACAUCACCGGCCAUGGCUUCGGCCACGCCACCCGCGCGCUCGAGGUGGUGAGGCACCUGAUCGCGGCGGGGCACGACGUGCACGUGGUGACCGGCGCGCCGGAGUUCGUCUUCACCACCGAGAUCAAGUUGCCCAACCUCCACAUCCGCAAGGUGCUGCUCGACUGCGGCGCCGUCCAGGCCGACGCCCUCACCGUCGACCGCCUCGCCUCCCUCGAGAAGUAUCAUCAGACGGCCGUGGUGCCAAGAGAGUCGAUUCUGAGGACUGAGGUGGAAUGGCUCAACUCGAUCAAGGCCGAUUUAGUGGUUUCGGAUGUCGUCCCCGUCGCCUGCAGGGCGGCUGCAGAUGCGGGCAUUCGAUCGGUUUGCGUCACAAAUUUCAGCUGGGACUUCAUUUAUGCAGAAUAUGUUGUAGUAGCUGGACACCAUCAUCGUUCAAUUGUGUGGCAGAUAGCAGAAGAUUAUUCACAUUGUGAAUUCUUACUACGACUCCCUGGAUACUGCCCUAUGCCUGCUUUCCGUGAUGUGAUUGAUGUUCCUCUUGUGGUGAGAAGAUUGCAUAAAUCUAGAUCUGAGGUGAGGAAGGAACUAGGAAUUGAAGAUGAUGUUAAGAUGGUCAUUUUCAACUUUGGAGGACAGCCAGCAGGAUGGAAAUUGAAGAAAGAGUGGUUGCCUGAUGGAUGGAUCUGUUUGGUAUGUGGUGCAUCUGCAACUCAAGAGCUUCCUCCAAAUUUCAUUAAGCUCGCAAAGGAUGCCUACACACCUGAUUUAAUGGCAGCAUCUGACUGUAUGCUUGGGAAAAUUGGGUAUGGCACUGUGAGUGAGGCUUUGGCAUAUAAACUGCCAUUUGUAUUUGUUCGUAGAGAUUAUUUCAAUGAAGAGCCAUUUUUGAGGAAUAUGCUUGAGCAUUAUCAAUGUGGCAUUGAGAUGAUACGGAGGGAUUUACUCACUGGACAUUGGAAACCUUAUCUGCAACGUGCUGUAACACUUCAUCCUUGCUAUGAUGGUCCAACAAAUGGUGGCGAGGUGGCUGCACAUAUCCUCCAAGACACUGCUGUUGGCAAGAAGUAUAUUUCUGGCAAGUUGAGCGGAGCAAGACGUUUGCGUGAUGCCAUAGUUCUAGGAUAUCAACUACAAAGGGCUCCAGGGAGGGAUGUAGGAAUUCCUGAUUGGUAUUCUCUGUCUGAGAAGGAAACUGGUGUUCGUCCAGCACCAACAUAUCAUGAGGCUAAUGGAAGUGUGGAGUCAUCUUUCGAGGACUUCGAGAUACUCCAUGGAGACAUGCAAGGGUUAACUGAUACAAUGGCAUUUUUGACGAGUUUAUCAGGACUUGUUGGAAAUGAUCCAAGGAGCCCUGAGAAGCAAUCCCGAGAGAGGUCUGCUGCUUCUGUUUUCUUUGACUGGGAGGAGGAAAUAUAUGUUGCAAGAGCACCUGGACGAUUAGAUGUCAUGGGUGGUAUUGCAGAUUAUUCAGGAAGUCUUGUACUACAGAUGCCUAUUCGAGAGGCCUGUCAUGUUGCUCUUCAGAGAAGUAAUCCUAUCAAGCAGAAGCUAUGGAAGCACACACAGGCUAGGCAACUAGCAAAUGGUGGAGCAGUGCCGUUGUUACAGAUUGUAUCAUUUGGUUCUGAAUUGAGUAAUCGGGCACCAACCUUUGAUAUGGAUCUGUCUGAUUUCAUGGAUGGUGACAAACCAAUGUCCUAUGAUAAGGCCAAAGAGUAUUUCUCUCAGGACCCAUCCCAAAGAUGGGCUGCAUAUGUUGCUGGGACAAUACUUGUGUUGAUGACCGAGCUAGGCGUGGUCUUCAGAGAUAGCAUGAGCAUUCUGGUUUCUUCAUCUGUUCCUGAAGGUAAAGGUGUCUCCUCUUCUGCAUCAGUCGAGGUUGCCAGUAUGUCUGCUAUUGCUGCAGCCUAUGGUUUAAAUAUCCCUCCAAGGGAUCUUGCUAUACUGUGUCAAAAGGUCGAGAAUUGCAUUGUUGGAGCACCUUGUGGGGUAAUGGAUCAAAUGACAUCUGCGUGUGGAGAAGCUAACAAACUUCUUGCAAUGAUUUGUCAGCCUGCAGAAGUGAAAGAGUUGGUUAGCAUUCCAACUCAUAUUCGAUUCUGGGGUCUUGACUCUGGGAUACGGCAUAGUGUUGGUGGGACUGACUAUGGCUCUGUAAGGGUAGGCACUUACAUGGGGCGCAAAAUGAUCAAGUGUGCUGCAUCUGACCUUCUUUCACAAUCACUACCCUCCUGUCCUCCUAUGCAAUCAGGCGACACAAAUUCUGAUGAAUAUGAAGAACAUGGUGUAGAUCUUCUGAAAUCUGAAGCUUCGCUCGAAUAUUUGUGCAGCCUACCACCUCAUAGAUAUGAAGCUGUCUAUGCAAGAGAUAUUCCAGAGAUCAUAACAGGGGAUACAUUUCUGGAGAAGUAUGGAGAUCAUAAUGAUGCAGUAACAGUUGUUGACCCAAAACGAUCUUAUUGCGUGAAGGCUCCUACUAGACAUCCUAUAUACGAGAACUUCCGAGUUGAGGCCUUUAAAGCACUAUUAACAGCAGCUAAAACAGACGAGCAACUUUCAGCCCUUGGAGAACUGAUGUAUCAGUGCCACUAUAGUUAUAAUGCUUGUGGACUUGGUUCUGACGGAACCGACAGGCUUGUUAAUUUAGUGCAAGAAUUCCAGCACAGGAAGAACUCACAAGAUGGAAGUCCUAGUUUAUUUGGUGCAAAGAUAACUGGUGGUGGGUCUGGGGGCUCGGUUUGUGUUAUUGGGAAAAAUUGCCUGAAAAGCAGUGAAGAGAUUUUUGAGAUUCAGAAGAGAUACAAAGCUGCUACUGGGUACCUACCGAUUGUUUUCGACGGCUCAUCUCCAGGUGCGGGCAAGUUUGGAUACCUGAAGAUUCGACGGCGAUCCACGUAACCAUCAGUUGCUGUAUUUUAGGUUACACAAACAUUUGUCAGGAACCUGAAUAUGGCCUGUUCAUAUGGAACACACGUCACAUCAUCUUACCAUGUAAUAAGCUCUUCUAGUUCAUGCAGUAAUUCUAGUGAUUGGUGAACCUCUGGUGCAAACUUCCAUUUUGUAAAUACAAAAGCUAGGUAAUAAAAUGUAUCUUUCUUGGACACA